AUGGCAUCCGUCGACCCGCCCUACCCGCGGUUCAGGAUGUUCUUUUUCUUCACCAAGAGGAUUAUAUGCGAAGACCCGCCCGCGAUGCGGGACCUGUUCGAUGAGGAUCACAUCAUCUUCCUUGCAGGGUUAAGUUUAUCUGGGUGUUACAUCCGCAUCCAGCUCAGGACGUUCUUCCUCCUUAUCAAGAAACUUGUACGCGGACCUAUGGACGAGCUACAGGCAGAUUACGAAGACUACAUACGAAGUCGCUCGCAACAUCCUGUUGAAUUCCAGAAUGUGACCAAUGAUUCUGCAGAGCAUAUAUUGGAUCAAAUGCCAACUCCCAUGCCUUCACCUCCAGCCCCUCUGAGAGAUGCCGAUUCUAUAACUGCCACACCCGCCGGCUCCCCCGCAGUGCCUCAAGGAGCUGAAGAUAGGGCUUCUGCAUGAGUUCAUACCCUCCCAUGAUCCGAGCAACACACGCUUCCCAACCUCGGGAAUUCAUGGG